UUCCUUUUAUCAGUCGAUCCCACGUCGUUGAGCGCGCGCCUCAAGUGUCGGAAAAUAUUACAUCGCCCCCAAGAAAAUUCCAUCUGAACUACACAUAUAUCCCUAGAAAAGGACUAUUCUAAAAGCAAAAUGUCGCGAUCAUUGAUUGUUCGCGAUCACUGGGACUGCAAUUAAAAGCAGCCAUUGAACAAUGCCAUUGAAAAUGUCAACCAGUCGUUGAAAUUGGGCUAUAAAUUGGCGCUCCGGUGGCGUAUGAUAUUGGAAAGUAACUUUUUCGCAUAUUUAUUGCCGAUUGCAGGCGGUGACAAAAAACCCAAGUUGCAUUUGCUCCAAGUUUUUUGCGCAUAUUUGCGCGUUUUAAUUGCAACAACCACGAAAGCAGCAGCAUUGACACCGGCGACGAUAGCAGCAGCAACUUCUGGCCGUCACCAUGGAGAAUCUUGGCUAUAAGGAGGGCAGCACAAAACCCCGCCGCAUGACACGUUCGAUCAGCGUCGUUACCAAGACCGAAGUGGAACAGCCGCUCACGGAGAAUAAUGCAAAUAACCGUUUCAAAUCGAUUCCACCCAACUUGAUGGUGCGAUGGCGGAACAACACUGACGCCAUGAUCGAAGCUCAGUACCCGACCGCUGGAGAAUUCGAAUACAUGGAGUGUGGACCGUCGCCGCCGGCGGAGAGUGCGCCGAGCAUGUACGAUAGCUUCGAGGAGCCGACCAGCGAGCUGAGCGUCCAGAUAUGCAACGAUACGCUGCGGAUCAGCCUGAUCGACCAGAUGAAGAGUGCCGCGGGUCGCGUCAAGUUCUUCGAGGACAUCGAGCAGAGCAACGUGGUGGCCGAGGGCAUCCGGGCGCACUUCGAGUCCGCCUCGAAGCUGGAGAAGAAUCUCAGCUACCUGUGGGCCGCCUACCUCAAGCGCUGGGAUCUGAUCGAGAGUCUGCUGGAGGCGGGAGCCGACCUGCACUUCUGCGAUCAGAACGGCAUAUCUGCCUUGCAUCUGAGUGCAUUCAGUGGCUGUCUGGCCACCUUGGGUCUUCUGGUGGCCAAGGGUUUGAAUGUCAAUCUACAGUCCAAGUGCUACACGCCGCUGCAUUGUGCCGCCUUUGGCAAUGCGGCGGAGGCGGCCAAGUUACUGAUCAACAAUGGGGCCGACAUAUCCAAGGACACCAGCAAGCCAAACUGCGAGGAGAGCCUGCUGCACUGCGCCGUGCGAUCCAAUGCCCUGGAGUGCUUGCAGAUCUUCAUUAGCGAAGGCGCCGAUGUCAACUCGCUCAAGCCCAAUGGCACCAAUGCCAUUCACCUGGCUGCUGACCUGGGCAAUCUCCAGUGCCUGGAAGCCUUGCUGAAUGCGCCCAAUGCAGACGCCAAUGUGCGUAUCUGCAUCCGUGAGAAGGAGUCCACAGCUUUGCAUCUGGCAGCGGAUGAGGGAAACGUCGAGUGUGUGGACUUGCUUCUGGCCAAAGGUGCGGAUGCCAAGUUGAAGAACCAUCGAGGAUUCACUCCCCUCCACCUGGCAGCUAGAACUUCCAGUUUGGAUUGCGUGGAGUCUCUUUUGAGGAACGGCAAUGCCGACGCCAAUGCCGAGGACUUCGAUCACCGCACUCCCCUGCAUGCUGCAGUGGGAAAGUCGGAGAAUGCCUACGACAUCAUGGAGACCCUCAUACAGUGGGGUGCCAAUGUCAACCACAAGGACAUCUAUGGUUUCCGCCUUCACCUGGCUGCUUUGGAUGGCCUGGUGCAGUGCGUCGAAAUGCAUUUCCACGGGGCGGAUGUGACCACCAAAUCGAAGAAGGGCACCUCCGCGCUGAACGUGAUCACCCGGAAGACUCCCGCUUCAGUGGCCAUGAUCAGACAGAAACUGGAUGCAGCUAUUACGCUGCACCACUCGCAGGAUCCCGUAAAUCGCGAGGUGGAGCUGGAGCUGGAUUUCCGUCAGCUGCUGCAGCACUGUCAUCCGCGCGAGAUCAGUUACCUGAACACGUUCGUCGACGAGGGUCAGAAGGAGAUCCUGGAGCACCCGCUCUGCUCCUCGUUCCUGUACAUCAAGUGGGGCAAGAUCCGCAAGUACUACAUUGGCAGGCUCAUCUUCUGCUUCAGCUUCGUGCUCUUCCUUACGCUCUACGUGCUGACAGCUUUGGCCCACAACUGCUACAAUGGUAGCAAGAACGAUAACACGACUAUUCCGGCGCAGGAACUAUGCCAGAAGCAAUCCAUCCUGGGAGAUAUGCUCAGGAACAACCCCUUCGUGAUGGAGAUGCAGUGGUGGGUUCUGGUCGCCAUCACUAUAGUGGAGAUAUUUCGAAAGCUAUAUGGAAUAACGGGCUCCUCAUUUCGACACUACGUAACGCAGGUGGAAAACAUUAUGGAGUGGUUUGUGAUAACCAGCGUGUUUGUCAUAUCCUAUAUCUACACCAACAAGACGUACACGUUUCAAAACCAUAUAGGCGCCUUUGCCGUGCUGCUCGGUUGGACGAAUCUCAUGUUGAUGAUAGGUCAGCUCCCGGUCUUCGAUGUCUACGUGGCCAUGUAUACGAGAGUCCAGGGAGAGUUCGCCAAACUUUUCAUGGCCUACUCCUGUAUGCUGAUUGGGUUCACCAUCAGUUUCUGCGUUAUCUUUCCUUCCUCGUCGUCGUUUGCCAAUCCCUUUAUGGGUUUUAUAACAGUGCUGGUGAUGAUGAUUGGUGAACAGGACUUGUCGCUGCUGAUAAAUGAUCCCGAGGGAAAAGAUCCGCCUUUCCUGCUGGAAGUCAGCGCACAAAUCACCUUCGUGUUGUUCCUGCUGUUCGUAAAUAUUUUGAUGAACCUGCUUGUGGGCAUAGCAGUGCACGAUAUCCAGGGAUUGAAGAAGACAGCGGGACUAUCCAAACUAGUGCGACAGACCAAACUGAUCAGCUACAUAGAGUCGGCGCUGUUCAACGGCUACCUUCCGACCUGGCUGAGGAACUUGCUCCAUUAUACAGCUUUAGUGUCUCCACAGGCUUACAGGGUGGUUCUAUGUGUCAAGCCGCUAAAUCCCAGCGAGAAAAGAUUGCCCAGAGAAAUCCUGAUGAAGGCUUACGAAGUGGGAAAAAUGCGCAAGCAAUUUGGCCAUACCAUCUCCUCGAAAAACUCAGCCGAAAACUAUCUGUCGUACAAAAACAAGUAUAACAACAAUAAUGGCGCUACGACGGGAUAUGUUCUACCCGAUGCGGAUCCGGAUUCAGCGCAAUUCACCACACUGACCACCAAGAUCGAUGAUAACGCAGAUCGGAUUGAGUUCCUCACCCAGGAGAUCCAGGAACUGAAGCAGGCGCUCAUCUCGCAGCAGCAGCAGGCCAGCAAAGUGAUCGACAAACUGCUGAUUGUGAUCUCCAAUCAGCAGAAGCAGAAUCUGCGAAGUAGCAGGAGCAUUUAGUGCACCCCAUUCGGAAUAUUUAUAGAUCAGAGUUAACUGUUUCCUAGACCUAAGGGGGUCGUUUAGAUCCCACAAAAAUCCAGAACAUUGUUGAUAUUAUCGUAGCAGCGAGUUGUAGUUAAAACAAUUUUGAUAUCGGUGCGCCUGGCGCCCUAUAAUAAGCUAUAUAGCCAUAUACCACACCAUACUACACUAUUAUCAAUACAAAUACUAUAACUAGCAGUUAGUUAAAUUAGAGGCGAGCAGUUGGCAGGAUUGAUUUGUGGCUGGUUUCAGGCUGUGUCUUUGUUGUUUUGGCGUUGUCGUCAGAGAGUCGUUUAUAUAGUAAUUUAAUGCAAAUUAUUAUUCUUAAUAAAGUAUAUGCUAUAUCUAUUGCUAUGA